UAAUAAUAAUAAUAAUAAUAAUAAUAAUAAUAAUAAUAAUAAUAAUAAUAAUAAUAAUAGUGGUAGUAGUAACAGUAGUAAUAGUAAUAAGGUAACUCUAUAUCUACAAAGGACUCGAGGCUUUAUAACUCUUUCACCGGUACAAAUUGACUCACAAAGGAGGAGGCGAGUGGAGUUCAGGGAAAGAUAAUAUAAUACAGCGAUCCGGGGAUUAUCCAGGGCCGGCCGGGCGACGCGGAAUGUAUGGAGAAUUAAAACACUAGAGGAUAUAAGGAACGCACGCGGGGUUGUAAGUGUGUGUGUGUGUGUGUGUGUGUGUGUGUGUGUGGAGCCGUGUUCAAGGAGGGGAUAAAUAUUGCGUAGUGCUGUGUGUAUGUGUGUGUGUGUGUGUGUGUGUGUGUGUGUGUGUGUGUGUGUAAAGUAAUAUUACGGCACCUACAUGAGACACAGACAAACAGACAGACAGACAGAGAACCACUACACACCACACAGGCCUCGAUAUUUAAACAAGAUAUUCUCAAAACAAUGAACAAUACUGCACAGACAAACACACAAACUAACAGCGGCAGAGAUCCAGUGUUGCACAAGCCAUGUCGCCCCAUCCUCCCCCAGGCUGUGCUCUCUCUAUCGUCCCGGCGCCUCCCCUUCCCGCCUCUGUUGGCAAUCCUGUCUUGACUUCCUGCAGGCAGCUGAUCCCUUCCUUUGCCUUAUUCCAGGAAAGACAGGCUCCCCACCACCAUCACCACCAUACCGGCACCUCCACGCUUUAUCACUGCAUCGCCAUCUCCUGCUCACCACUAUUACGGACCGCGAUUCCUUCACCACCACUUCAUCUCCAACGGAAUACAUAACGGUACACAUUUUAUGCCUCACUGCAUGCUGGUCCCCCUUCCCCCUCUCUCCUCUGCUGCAAGAAAUCAGUGUUUGUGAUGAAUGACUCUUGUCUCUCGCCUGGAUGAUUAUGAGCUGAGACGCACGUUCAGCAGACUGUGAUGCGAGGGAUCGGUGAUUCACUUCCAAACGUCAACAACAACCUUGAUAUUUCUGCUACAAAACAACUCUCAAGAUAGUAAUGAAAAUUAUGUUUAUAAAAGAAAGCAAACUUGGAUAUUAUAGUGAAAAGUGGGACUAACGAAAUAAAAACUAACGAACGCAAUAAAAACUGUUAUUUCAAAAAAUGUUUAAAGUGAGAUGUGUGAUAAUACUCUGACCCCAAAGAAAAAACAUGAACCCUUGAAAAUAGAAACACUCCCUUUAAUUCUACAACAAGACUGUUCAAACUCGACAAAAUCAAGAUACGCCCCAAAGACGCCAUGGUAGUAUGAAGCGAAAAUCAGCCUCCUGACAGCACACACGGUCGGCAACCUCGGCAUGGCGCAGGGUCGCAGCAAACUGUACGGGUUCAAGGUGAUCAGCAUCCUGGAUGGCAAGGGCAAGGACACGAUGCUGCGUGUCCUUACCUGGGGUACGCCGGGGAAGUCUCCGUCACAGUCCCUCGACGAGUAUCUGAACAGCCUCCCAAAGGACUCUACGGCCAGCUACCCUCACACCCGCAACAGGUUUACUAAGCACGAGUUGAAUCAGCUACGGCAGAGUCCUUCCUGUUCUCAAUGCGACAUAACUAUGCUCUUCAAGGCCAUCAAGCUAGCCUGCGAGGGCGUGGCGGGCUUUGAGAGCCAGCGGUGGGUCGAGCCAAGCAAGGAGCUCGAGUACCUCCUCACGUGCAUCAAGAACAAGCGCAACGAAACCUUCCACGGAGCCCGAGAGAUGAGCUACUCUGAUUUCUUGCGCACAGUAGCAGAACUCCGGGAGCUGCUGGAAGCCACCCUAAUGGCUGCAGGGGACAGGUACGGCAGACAAGAGACAGAGGUGACCAAGGAGAUUGAGGGAGUCCACCGUGAGAUUGACAGGAUAAUGCAGGAGGUGCUGGGGGAAGAGGAGCUCCUGGCGAGGAAAGGUGACGCUCUGAAGAAGGAUUUCAUCGAGGAGGCGGGACGUCGGGUGAGGCAGAUGCUCGAGGCCACCGUGCACCUUGACCCCAUGUCCUUCCUAAGCGGGGCCUGCCUGCGGCCACACGUGCAGUCCAUGUUCUGCCGUGUCAGGAUCAAGCAGAAUCAACCCGGGUACAGCGACACAGAUAUCGAGUACUCGGACAUCCUAACGCUGGUGCAGGGAUCACAGGCGCCACAAUCUGAGGAGACACGACCACUGGAAUCCCCACCAACCCCUGCACGUGGCGGCGCUGGACCGAUGUGGCUGCGCAUCGCGAGCACGAUACGACGCAUCUUCAGACGAGGUCGCCCACGGCUGCUAUUGGUACAGGGCGUGGCGGGUAGCGGGAAAACGACACUACUGGCGCUCAUCAUGGCUGAGUACAUGAAGGACGAGGGUCAACGCACCCUGCGAGGCCUGGGCCAGUACGAGCUACUGCUGCGUGCACAGUGCCGGGACCACCACAGCAGCUCUCUGGCCGACCUCCUGCAGCAGCUCAUGCCCGAACAGUUCAUCAAGUACCGGAACCUUCAACUGCCGCUCAUCAAGAGGUGCCGGGUGCUGUUCCUCAUUGACGGCCUGGAUGAAGCCAACGAGAACUCAGAGAAGCUUGUGCACAACAUUCUCUUUGAGGCGAAGGAUGCACCGAGCUUCACCCUCGUGUGCACGUCGCGGCCAGAGAGAGUGACAAGCUUCGUGAACAAGAUUCCGUCGCAGUACGAAGUAAUUCGCGUUGAGCUGACGGGCGUCCCGGAGAGUGAGCGGCUUACCUUCGUGCUGCGCUACCACCGCCUCAUCACCGAGCAGCUCCCUGUGUGCCGAAGGAGUGAAAAUGACCUCAAGCAUAUAAUGGAGAAGAUUGGAGCGAGAGAGCAGUUCAGACUACCUCUCAACCUCCUCUUUCUCAUCUGGAUCAUCAGCCACGAUAUCUGCAUCUCCCCUGUGACCAUCACUCAAGCGGAAUUAUACCUCAAGACCCACCAGCUAUGUCAACAAAAGCUAUUGGACAGAUUGUGUCACUCUCCCACACCAAUGGACCGAUGGACGCUUGAAAAAAACUUGCGAGAGGUGUUGCAAAUGCUCUAUCGCGUGUCCUUGGUGGGUCUUUCUCGCUGCCAGCUCUCCCUGACCAAGGAUGAAGAAGACUCCCUCAGGUCAGCGUGUGUCGCCCGAGGACUUCCUCACCAAGAGGUGUUGUCAGCCUUCCUCGGCCUGAAGGCCACAUGGACGCCUUGGGGCAUGCAGGAACAAUACUCUGCACCCCACAAGGGCCUCCAGGACUUCUAUGCAGCUUUAUGUGUUGUGCCUUUGGCAGGUAAAGGAAAUCCUAAAGCCAUGAAGCAGGAGAUCUUUGGAACAGACAAAGUGGACCUGUCACGGUUUCAGUACAUGUUGCAGCUGGUGGCGGCGCUCCUGCCCCAGCCCGUGACGGACGAGGCAGCGCAGCAGGUGGUGGACCUCCUUAAGCGGUCAGGAGUGAGGAACGAAGAUCAGUGGCUGAACAUUAUUGAAGAAACCAAGGCAGCCCCGGCAAUCGUCUCGCUUGUUGCCCAACAUUUCCCUGUACCUCAGGACAUUAUGGUGACGGACAGCCAUGUCAGGAGCUACACCGCCCUGCUGCCACACCUCCCGCCGGCACGGGUCGGGAUUGUUCUGAAUAAGGAGGUGGCUGCCGUGGCGCCCUUGCUGGACGCCCUCGCCGGCCACACCUGCACGCGGCUCAUGCUGCGCCACCACUUCAGAUACCCGCGCCCCGACACAACCUCGGACGCCAUCCUGCAGCAGGUGAAACACAGCAACACACUCGAGGGCUUUGGGGGUCACCUGAGCGAGGAGGGGGUAGGCCAGCUGCCCCCGAGCCUGAAGAGCCUGAGCGUGGCCGUGCUGGGUGGCGGGCGAGCACGCGGCACCCUACUGGCCCUCAGCGACCAGCCCAAGAGACUGCCCCUGCUCCGGACGCUGGAAGUCCACAUGCCGCUGGGGUCCAUCACCGCCCCCUCGUCCCUCCCGCCGCUGCCUGAUGCCGGGGAUGUGUCAAUCUACCUCUCGGGCCUCAGCGACGAGACUGUGGUGCUGGCGUGUAAGGUGGCGGGGGCGCUGCAACCUCCGUCAGGGUAUAUGGGCAUCUGCUUCUCGGGAGCGGCGGAGGUGACGGAG